AAGAACAAACACAUCCUCCAACCGGGGUACUCGCCGCUGGAUUGGGCCGCGUUGACGUCCAACCCGAACAACAACCUCCGGGGCAAGAACCUGCCGCCCACGCUGAUCCGGGUGACGCCGUCGAUGCUCAAGGCGCAGAACGGGCGCAAGGGGGCCGACGCGUGGACGUCCUACCAGGGGAAGGUGUACAACAUCACGCCGUAUCUGCCAUUCCACCCGGGCGGGAAAGGGGAGCUGCUGCGCGGGGUGGGCAAGGAUUCCGGGCAGCUGUUCAUGGAGAUUCAUCCGUGGGUGAAUUGGGAUGCGAUUCUUGGGGAGUGUUUGGUCGGAAUUUUGGUG